AUGAGCUACAGACGAGAGAGAGAGAGAGAGAGAGAGAACUUGAACUCUGCAUCUAGAAAUUUUGGCCAUCUCAACUCUUCUCUCCACCAUCCAGCUCGUCACCGGUGGUAUGGGUCACCGGAAAUAUUCUCUUUCCCUUCUAUCCUUCGCUCCUUCUCCUCUGUUCGUUUCUCGGUUGUGGGUGUUAUUGGAGCUUCUCUUCCGUUUGAGAGCAAGAGAAAUUGUUGCUCAGAGCUUCAGAUCCUCGAUCCAGCCAACUCUGUCCUUGUGUUCUUCAACACACUGCUGACGAGAACAGGAGCUAUACUUGCCGUUGCUGUGAUGUUCGCCCAGAACCACAGCGUUGUGGUGCAAAUCGCUACGAGAAUUGGCGAAACAAGAGAGUCAAAAUAGACAUGUGACGAUGACGAUUGAAAGCUUUCUUGGGAUGCAUAGACCCACACACAAAAUUACCUUAACCUCAACCAGAUUGAAA